CGGCAAUCCGUGGAUCGGGCAGUCGAGUUUUCCGUCUCUCUUCGUUUGCUCCACUUCUCACUCUAUCAACAUGGCAGACAUCUCGAAAGAAGAUCUACGCAAAGAAAUUGCCGCCAUCCUUAAGGAUGCCGACUUGGCUUCCACCUCGGCCAAAAAAGUCCGACAAGAAUUGGAAGAAAAGUUAGACGCCGAUUUCGCUUCAAGGAAGAAGGAAAUUGACGAUUUAGUCAUGGAGUUUGUAAGUGCCAAGGACAAAAAGGGUAAGAAGAAGAAGGACGACUCUGAAGACGAAGAAGAAGAAGAGGAGGAGGAAGAAGAGGAGGAAGACUCUGAAGAAGACAAAAAAAAGAAACGCGGUUCCGCUGCCAAAAAGCCUCCAGCGAAAAAAGCCAAAAAAAACAGCGAAUCCGAGGCUAGCGAGCAGUCGGAAGAGGGGGACUCUGAGGAGGAGUACUCCCCCAAAAAAGCUAAACCCGCCAAGACCCGCAAGCUUCCCCCCAAGAAGAAGAAGGGUUCCGAAUCAGACUCCGACGAGGAAUGGGCUGGGGCCAAAAAGAAGGGCGCCAAAAAAGGCGGUGGUGCCAAACGUGGGGGUGGCGGUUACACUAAGACCAUGACCCUGUCCCCCGAACUGGCCGCGCUCGUGGGCCAAGAGUCGAUGGCCAGACACGAGGUGGUGAAGAAAGUGUGGUCGAUAAUCAAAGAGAAGGAUUUGUACGACCCGAAAAACAAGCAGUACGCCAUUUGCGACGACGCGCUUUUCAAAGUGAUCGGGGUAAAACGUUUCAGAACCUUCGGCAUGAUGAAAUAUCUGAAAAAUCACUUUAUCAGUUAAGCUGUAGGUUCAAGUCAAGUCAUUCAAGUCAGCGCUUAGCUCGUAUUUUUGUUUUAAUUUUUGCAGUAUUUUAUUCGACUUUUGCUUUUAACAUCACUCAUUAUAAUUCUCUAUGAUGUUGAAAAAAUGAUAAAAGUUAAAGUUCGCCAUUUUAGAUGAACGUAACGUAGAUUGGUGUAUGUAUGCGCUGACAUUUUUUAAGUGUUUUUAAGAAAAUAUAAAAGGAUUUAAUUAUUUGUUUGUUGUGCUUUUAAACCACACAACUUAAUUUCGAACUGAUUUUUAUAAUUUAGGAUUUAUAAUUUAGAUUUAAUAUGUAUGGAAAUAUUUAAAAAUAAAACUUGUGUGUUUCAUGUGCACUUACUGUAUAUGUUUUGAAAAUAAAUUAUGUAUUAAUUUAUUACAUAAGAAAUUCCAAUAAAAUAUAUAAUAUUAA